CCACCUGAGUCCACCCUUCUGCAUGUAUUUGAGCCCAGCUUAUGUGUCGGUCCAUGUGGGCUGGGGGGGAAUUGGGCAAUGGCUGUUCAUGACCCCCUUCCAGCUCUCUGCUUGCUUGGUGUCCUUGCCGCCAUGUUGCCCCAGGGCCUGGGCAGAGCCUUGCAGAAGCCUCGGGUCACACGUGGCUUUGAUAUCUUCUCUUUUCAGGCCCAGCUUGGGACAUUCUUCACUUCUCUUCGCUUCCCCUCUGGGAGCCCCUUUCGCCACCCCUGCACCUUGCUUCGGGCGAUGCCCGAGAGGGAGCUGUGGCCAGCGGGGCCUGGCUCAGAACCCGUGACCCGCGUCAGCAGCUGUGACAGCAUGACGAGCACCACCUCCACCCGCUCUGGAUCUAGUGACAAUAGCUACGAUUUCCUGUCUGCGGAGGAGAAGGAGUGCCUGCUCUUCCUGGAGGAGACCAUUGGCUCAUUGGACACCGAGGCUGACAGCGGUCUGUCCACUGAUGAAUCUGAGCCAGCCACCACUCCCCGAAGUUUCCGGGCACUUCCCAUAACCCAACUUGCUCCAGAGGGAAAUCCAGAGGAGAUCAUCAUUCAGCAGGGCCCAGAGCCAAGGAAAGUGUCUGGGUCCAGCUCCUUCCAUCCUUCUGAGCCCCAGCGCCUGGGCCUCCGGUCUGGUUCCUACAGCCUCCCGAGAAGCAUCCACAUUGGCAGAAGCCAGAACCUCAGGAAAAGCACCACCCAAACUAACGGCCACGGGCCUGGAGAAUCUGUGGGGCCUGUAGCAAAGCCUGAGAAAGAGCAGGUGGGCCAGAGCAGUGAGCCCAGCCAGCCACCAGCCCGCCACCGGGAAGUCGCCUUGGACUUGGACGUGGCGGUCAUCCCUCCACCAGAGGCUUUCCGGGACACCCAGCCAGCUCAGCCUGGGGAGAACAGUCUGCCCAAGGGUCUGGGAGAGCAGAAGCACCCUCCACCAAACUCCCAGCAGAGAAAGGAGACUUCUUCAGAGACCAUGUCCCACAAAGCCAAUGAGAAAGGCAUAACAGGAGGCCCAAGCCAGCCACAGCCCCCUCCUGCUACAUCGUCUCACAACGUUAGCACUGAAAACGCUCCCCGGCCAUUGAGCGGGGAGCCGAGUGCCCAGCUGCCCCCCCUUACAGCCCCAAAGCCCCGGAAGCUGCCCCCUAAUAUUGUUCUGAAGAGCAGUCGAAGCAGUUUCCACAGCGAUCCUCAGAGCUGGCUGGUCCGCCACACCGAGGCUACCCCUGGAGAUUCUGGCCUGGUCUCCUCCUCACUGCAGGAGCAGAGGAAAGCACGCAGGGAAGCACUGGAGAAGCUGGGGCUACCCCAGGACCAGGACGAACCUGGGCUUCACCUAAGUAAGCCCACCACCUCCAUCAGACUCAAGGACCCAGUUCAGGCACCCCCUCAGGCCUCAGCGGCUGCUCCUACAGGAAAGGCCCCGACUCUAACUCCAGCUCUGGGGGUUUCACCAAAGAAGACUCCAGCUCUGACUGUAGCUCAGGGGUCUUCUUCUGGCAAGGUUUUGCUUCCUACCCAGGAACCGUCUCCAGGAAAGGUUGCAGCUGCCAAAUCCACACCAAUCCCUAUCCCCAAGGCCCCCAGGGUAAAUAGUCCCCUGUCUCGGCCACAGCCAGACACGGGACUGACUCUCCAGGAGGGCAACGUUCCUGGCCUGAGACAGAUGAACUUCAAGUCCAACACUCUGGAGCGUUCAGGCGUGGGGCUGAGCAGCUACCUCUCCGCUGAGAAAGACCCCAGACCCAAAACUAGCACUUCUCUGGGAAAGGGCUCCUUCCUGGACAAGAUCUCACCCAGUGUCUUGCGUAAUUCCCGGCCCCGCCCUGCCUCUUUGGGCACGGGGAAAGACUUUGCAGGCAUCCAGGUGGGCAAGCUGGCCGACCUGGAGCAGGAACGGAGCUCCAAGCACCUGUCCUACCAAGGACAGAGCCGUGACAAGCUUCCUCGACCCCCCUGUGUCAGUGUCAAGAUCUCACCGAAGGGCGUCCCCGAUGAGCACAGAAGGGAGGCACUGAAGAAGCUGGGACUGUUGAAGGAGUAGGCACUGCCAUCAGCACCACCAGCA